UUCCCACGUGACGCGUUCACCUGUUUCCCCAACCUGUUUACCGACUGCCGCCCGAAAGCCGCUUCCCGAGCGGUCAAUUUCAAACACUCUCAGUGUUUUCGCUCCAUAUUUUUUGGUUUAAAACUAAUUCGGGGGGUUGAAUACAUUCAACAGGCUACGCCAGGAGGUAAAAGUUUGGAUUUUGUAGGUUUUUUUGGGCGUGUUUUGCCCCGGACUUCGACCUCACUGUAAGCUUGGGCCUACCUGACAAACAAGGAAGUGGGGGAAUUCGCUUUAUUUUUCUAAUAUUAUAAAUUAAGCAUCAUGUACUUGGUCGGUGACUCUCUAAGGCGAUCAAACUUUAAUGGUGAACUGUAGACGUUGGACCCGGAACCCGAACUGACCUUUUCUGUACAGUAAACAAGAUAAAGGUUACAAGCUAACAGGUGAGCAUCACCAUGGAGGACAUGGGCCUUUCAUUAGAGAACACCUCCAUUGUCCACCUGACCGCGCCCAUACUUCCGGACACAGCAGACAUCUCCAACAUGACCAUCCUUCGCACGGGCAAUGGCACCAUCGUGCAUGACCAGAUGUUCCUAAACACGCUGCCCGCCCGCGGCCUCUCCGGUAUCUUUGUGUGGUCCGCCUUGCUUAUCACCUGCCAUCAGAUCUACACACACCUGCGCUCCUACACCGUCCCCAACGAGCAGCGCUACAUCAUCCGAAUCCUCCUCAUCGUGCCCAUUUACGCCUUCGACUCCUGGCUCAGCCUGCUGUUCAUCAGCAACAACCAGUACUACGUGUACUUCGACUCGGUCCGAGACUGCUAUGAAGCAUUCGUCAUUUAUAAUUUCCUGAGUCUGUCCUUUGAGUACCUGGGAGGAGAGAGUGCAAUUAUGUCCGAGAUCCGAGGGAAGCCAAUACAAUCGAGCUGCCUGUAUGGUACCUGCUGUCUGGGCGGAAUGAGCUACUCCAUCGGAUUCUUACGAUUUUGUAAACAGGCGACGCUUCAAUACUGCAUCGUCAAGCCCAUCAUGGCGGCCAUCACCAUCCUCCUGCAGGCCUACGGAAAAUACCACGACGGAGAUUUUAACGUGAACGGUGGCUACCUGUACAUCACCAUCAUCUACAACUUCUCCGUCAGCCUGGCGCUCUACGCCCUCUUCCUCUUCUUCUUCGCCACCAGCGACCUCCUCAGGCCGUACGAGCCCGUGCUCAAGUUCCUCACCAUCAAGUCCGUCAUCUUCUUAUCCUUCUGGCAAGGAAUGGUUCUCGCCAUCCUGGAGCGCUGCGGCGUCAUCCCCAAGGCGCUCUACAUCGACGGACACGAGGUGGGCGCCGGCACGGUGGCGGCGGGCUGGCAGAACUUCAUCAUUUGCAUCGAGAUGUUCUUUGCCGCCAUCGCCCUGCGAUACGCCUUCACGUGCACCGUCUACCAGGAGAAGAAGAACGACGUGCCAGCCGGGAACAUGCCGCCGAUGCAGAGCAUCUCCAGCGGCCUGAAGGAGACCAUCAACCCCAACGACAUGGUCCAGGACGCCAUCCACAACUUCUCCCCCGCCUACCAGCAGUACACCCAGCAGUCCAUGCAGGAGGUGGUCCCGCCCUCCUGCCCCAACGGGAAAGCCGGCGCUUUUAAGUCCCGCAAGCCGGACAAAGUCCUGUUGAUCACGUCCGACGACGAGUUCUAGGACGUCGGGUGCAGGUGCGUGUGUCCUCGCCUCGCUGCCACAUAUCUCCACAGCGCCUCUCAGAGGACCAAAAAAAAACUGUUCAAUUAGUAUUGUCUUAAUGAACAUUUAUUUACAAUAGUUUUGAACAUAUCAGUCAACCAAGGUUUCUCUAUUUUGGCUUUAUUAUAAACACAGAAAAAUACCUCUGUGGUAUCUGACAAGCCAAACAAGCAAAGACUACCAGAUGACGGCAAAGGCUUGGAUCGCCAUCUAGUGGACAUUUGCCAUUUUUGACACAUUUGUUUUCAAAUCAUGGAGGAAUUUCUCAAAAGACAAACUUGUUUUGGAGCAGGUACUUCAAACUGCAGCAUCCUUUGUCUGUAUUUUAUGUCAACAUCAAAUGGACCCAACCCUUCAAAGGAGCAGUUGAUUGGUCUUUCUCACUACUUUGAGUCACCUCUGCACUAUUAUUAUCACUAUUUAUAAUUCCCUUUUAAUUAUGCACAGAAUUCGUUCAUGUAAUUCUAAUAUUUAAAUCUUUUUUGCCUUCGGGAAAAUGUCAAAUGUAGUAACUUAACACCUUUGUACGUACAAUUACAUAUACUGUAGUGCUCAUUUGUGCCAAUGAUCGCUGGUUUAACAGGAGAGCAAAAAUGACCAGCAUAUUGAGGUGUUUGGAUUUGAAUUCAUGCAGAAAUAAAAACGUGUGUGUGUGUGUGGCUGUUAAA